AUGUCGAGGUUUGAUUUGCACUCGGAGCCCCCGACGGGUACGAAGUUCCAUGAGCGCUAUAAACACGCUCUGGUGAAAGAAAACCUCGCGGCUUACCGGCCGGUGAUGCCUCCAUUACUGAAGGACAGGCUCGAAAUUAAUCUCGAUGUUAUCGAUCGAAACGACCUGCUCAUCCUCCUUCACACGCUAGUCAACGAUGACAGCCUCCUGUCGGUGGCAUUCGAAAGCCAUCUCCUCCGAGACAAUCCCCAGCUGACGCACGACAUGAUGAAGCUCCACUAUCACAGCAACGUCCGACUCCCUAUCUACACCGAUCCUGAGAUUAUGUCGUCGAUUUGCAACGCUCUCUACCGUCACUUGAUUAGAAACGAGUGGUGUCUCGCGGUUUUCCGCCUCGUCGGAAUCCCAAUGUCGGAAAAGCAUCUCGCGACCGUCACCGCCGCAUUUCCCGCCGCAAAGUCGAUGAAAAUUUUGAGUCUCGAGGAAAUGCCUCUGUACCCGAAACAAGUGAAUGUUUUGGUGAGUGCGCUCCCCCUGUUGUCGUCGCUUAUGAUUCUGAAUUUGUCGAGCUGUGGUCUCAGCUCGAAGUUGAUCGCUCAAUUGUGCGCUUUCAUCGCCGAAGACAACAAACUCGAAAGACUCAUCCUCAAUUCAAAUCCAGUUGGAGACAGCGGGGUGCUGGAGCUCGCGAAAUCUUUGGAACAGAAAAAUAAAUUCCGUGCUCUCGAUUUGCAAAAUUGUGGGAUCACUGCGACGGGAUGCCGAGCUCUUAUCCAGAUGCUCUACUCAAAUCGUUCCGUCGAGGUUUGCGACAUUCGAAGGAAUCCCGCUAUUCCGAGGGACAUCGCCCUCGACAUCGCGAAGAUCAUGCUGGAGAACAAUAAGGACCAUUCGAAACAAACGUGUUACCGACCAUUGCGCAUCACGACAACGGCACCGAUUUCGGUGGUAGACGAACCGAUCAGUACUUCGGCAAUCGAGAAGCCUCGAGGCUCUCUGCCUCCCAGAGAUUAUCCCUCCGUGAAGCUCCCCCAGAAAUCUCGACAAAAUUCGUCCGUGGUGAACGCCUCUGCUGUUGAUGAUUCGUCGAAGAACGAUGGGGUAUUUGUGUCCAAGGAGUUCCUAUCUCGACUGGAAACAUCCCUCAUGAAGUUUCAAGUGCUCCUCGAUUACCUCGAACAAGAACGAAACCAAGCUGGAGCUGAGGACUCAAGGACCAAACCGGGGAAUGUUCCUGAACGGCGUCAGCCGCAAAGAUCAAGUCUCCCGGAGAAGCCCGGGCCAGCCUCGCGAGAUCGAAGCUCGGGACUGGAGUCCACCACGAGCAAUACUGGGAACUCGAACUCGAAGUCAGCGUUGGACGCACCUUUCUCGGCGAACUCCGAGUCUCAACUCUCAAAGAGUGGAGGAUCCAAGUCGCCGCGAUCAUUUUCUCACGCGAUGGACCCCACGUCUUCAGCGAAUCGACCCGAGAUGCCGAGUGAGAAUUAUUCAGAUAGUUUCGUGUCCACCUCGAAGGAGGACGAAGAUCCGGAACCUCCAUCGAAAUACCGAGAAAUUCUUUCGAUGGGUUUCCCAUCUCAGUCCAGCUCUGGCCAGGACACCAUCAAAGAACAGACAACGACGACGGCGACGACUCCAAAGAAGUCUCACACAGAAAACUAUGAAGAAUCGGUUCAAGAUGCGGAAGAUAUAACAAUCACUUCCGACAAUGUCACGGACAGUUUCGGGGCGAACCUCGCGUCGAUCGAGGGCAUCACCCGACAGUCCUCCUACUUGAAGAUCGCUGAGGAAAUCUACAAAGAUCCGCAUAUUUUGGAAAGUACUCGCGCAUCCGCUAUACUGGGGGAUGAAGACGAUUACGACGACGUGGUGGUCUCAUCGAAGAAGAGCUCCUCGAGUUCUAAGAAGACGGAAACGAAUUUGGAAGAACUGGAGGAGCGGCUGAAAAUCAUUAAAAACAAGUACAACGAAAUAGAGGAGCCACUGAGAAGACUGGGCGCUGCUUUCGGAACUGCUAAAGGCCAUCUUGCGAGGGAUUCCGAUGAGGAAGAAGAUGAUGGGAGCCGAGUUUCAGACUCUGAGCCCAGGUUGAAAAAACCUCUCAAACUAGAUGAUGUUUCCAUAUCUGAUAGCUGGAUCGCCGAUGCGAUAGGGGAAUCUAAUGAGCGCUCUUCGAACUCAAUCCCGACUUCGUAUUCCGCCGAUCUCACGGGUUCGGACCUGGAAGACUUCUAGGUCCUCGAGUCUCGGUUCUCAUUUAUUGAUUAUGUAGAUGUAGAUGUAGAUACAUUCAUACCUAUGCCUCGCAUGAUCCCGAGGAAUUCGUGAAUGGAGAAGUCACAA